UCUACAUACACAUGAAAAAUGUUGACAAAACACACCGACGAAAAGAUUUCUGCAUGCUUGGAACAUAAGUAUAUUUAAUGUUGGCUGAAGAUAUUAAGGAAUAAAAGAUCUACUGAUUAAACAAGUAGCAUAGUCGAAUAUAAUAUUGAAGUGAUUCCUUUAUCUUUGUAUGAUGAAAUCAGCAGUACUACUUUGGUUUCUUCAAGUUAUUGCUGUUACGUUUGUAUAUGAGUUAAAAUGUCCAGCGCCAGGACAUUGGCGUCUCAGAGCAAGAAAGUUUUAUUGCGGUCAAAGCUAUGUGUGUUUGUUGCGUUCUCCAGAGAAUUCGUAUCGAGAGACAUGUGAUGGACUGGAUUAUAGUAGCACAGGCAGCAAACUUAUAUUUGAACCGUAUUUCAACAAAGCAGGAUGCAGCUCUAAAAGAUAUCAGCCUUUCCCAUUUUCAACAGAUGGCAACAAUAAGUGUGUGUAUCAAACGUCUUUUUGUAAUGAAGAGGGUCAAAUCGUCCACCGUGAAGGAAGUAUGAUAAAUGAUACAACAUGUGGAUGUGAUUCUUCACAAGGGUACACAUUUAUAACCACGCCAAAACACAUCUGCUAUUGUAUUCCCUCAGAGGAAGACUGUUCAUGUUACAAACUCAUUUGUGACAAUGAAGAUAACCCGUGUCCCUUUAAUCAUGUUAUUGGUACUGCUGUUCGGAAUAAAUCAUGUCAAGAAAUUAUCGUCAGACCGUCACAACAUAUAAACUUCUCCUCGCUAUUUGAACAUAGAUUUAAAGACGUAAGAAAUGAUUAUAUCGAAGGUAGAACUAACAAAUUAAACUGUAUUUACUUUGCCGUAGCAGUGGUGAUUGUUUUGGCCAUAUGUUUACCAUCAUACGCUUUAUCACAGUGGCCUGAUUCAGUCUACGAAGUUCGUUCGUUUGAAUGUAUAGUAGAUCACCUAAAGUUUAUUAAAGUGUUGACAGAUGAUGAAAGUGCUGAGAUUCAAAUUCUGACAUCAGAUAAGGAAAAGAACAGGAAACUAAUGGAAAUACUUUUGAGUGGAGGAGAAGACCUUUAUAAUAAAUUCCUCGAUGCCUUAAACGCAUUUAAAAAAUACAAAGACCUCGCAAAACGAAUAAAAAACACUGGAGUUACACCUGAUGAUAAAAAAUGCUUUCAAAAUUGCAUAGAAAGUAGUGAUAAAAACGUGUCGAAGGUCAAUACAAACAAAUGA